AUUCAGCUGAUUUAUUCAUUUAUUGGUCACGAGUGCGAAAACCACAGCGCGUUUGGCUGUUGUACGUAAAAUGUCUCCGAUAAAGGAUUUAAAUGUGAUUUAUGAAGCUCUCCACACGGAGAACACCUUUUCUGAGGGAGAUAUUGUUCUGGGCACAGUUACUUUCACUUUGACAAAAGAAAAGAAAGUGAGCCUUUUCGUGAAACUCAAGGGGGACGCGCGAGUCAGUUGGACGGAAGGGAGUGGAGAUGAUGACAGAUCUUACAGUGCGCACAAGAGAUACUUCAAAGUCAAGGAAUACUUAGUGGCAGGAGGUCCCAAAGGCACUGUACUUCCCCAAGGAGCCCAUUGUUUUAACUUCAGCCUUAAAAUCCCACAUGGGAACAUGCCGUCGUCCUUCAACGGGUCACAUGGAAAAAUCAUCUACAUGCUUGAAGCAAAGGUGUCCAGGAACUGGCGGUGGCCUUCUGCAGUACACAAAGAGCUCAAUUUUGUGUCAAAGUCUUUAUCACAACAUGGCCAAGUAAAGUGUCCCCACUCUAGUUCAGUGGAUAAAAAGGUUGGGGUAUUUUCCAAAGAACAGGUCCAAAUGUCUGCUACCAUUGACAGAACGGUUUGCUCUCCAGGUGACACUUUAUCUAUUGUCGUCAAAAUCUGCAACUCCUCCUCCAAAAAAAUGAGGCCCAAGUUCAGCUUACAGCAGAAUGUAGAGUACCGUGCCAGUGGUGCCACUAAAACCAGUGUCAAAACUCUGUGCAAAAUGGUUGGAGAGAUGCUCAAAAACUCAGAGGAAACUGUCUCCUGCGAAAUGAAGAUUCCUGUCAAUACCAUCUACACCAUGCAGAAUUGCGAAAUCAUCUCAGUUCACUAUUGUCUCAAGGUGUAUCUGGACAUCAGUUUUGCCAUUGACCCAGAGCUGCGCUUCCCAUUGGUCAUUGUUCCUUCUCGCUUUGCUCUCCGUCAGCCUGGUGAGGCAGCAGGGCCUUACUCAGCUCUUGGGGCCCCGAGUUACAGCGACUUCCCUCCACCUGCCUACCCUGGUGGACCUUAUCCAGUACCCGCAGGUCCAAGUGCUUAUGGAUACCCAGCACCAGAUCCCACUCAGCAUGCGAACGCAACAUGUGGCUUUGACAGUCAGUGGCCACAACAGGUUGCUCCAUCUGGUUUUUCGGAUGCAGCUUUUCCACCACCCUCAGUGCAACAUCAAGCCCCCACUGCACCACCUGGGUUUCAACAGGGAGAACCUCCAACCUGCUCUUCCCCUUUCCCCCUUACUCACGUUAAUACAGUGUCACAACAUAAAUUUUGAAAUAUGGCAGAUGAUUAGAGAAUUUGAGGCAUUUUCAAAGGUCUUCAUUUGAUUCUUUACUUUUGGUACAGAUGGUACAGAUCUCUGCUUUUCAUUCUUCACUUGGAAGAAAUUAAUUAAUUUCCUGCUGCCGCAAUUGUUAGACUAAGUUUAACACAAGCUUACUUUUAAUACAGAUAUUUAUUCACUGAUAGGAAUGCAAUAUACUUUUUUAAACAAAUAUAGAGGACUGAAGGUUUUUAUUUUGGCUUUUUGUUGUCUGUGAAGUAUUUAAUUUAUUGAAAUUGAAAAAUACAUUUUGCUGAAGAAUGUAAUUUAUAUCUGUUUAUUUUGAUCCAAAUUUUUCACAUACUUUGUGGUGCAUCAUUCUAGAGAAAAACAUCAUGUGACCAUGCAGGCCCCAAAAGCUGUCCCAUUCCUCACAGUAACGAGUGGGCAAACCUAUUCAUCUGGGAACACUGUUUUCUCCUCUCUCCAGAUUUACACUCUUUAAAUCUAAUUGGUAGUCCACGGAGUUGCA